CCGGAGCGGGGAGGGAGGGGGCAGUUGGGGGCCCUCCCUUAUAUGAGGCCGGGGCAGUGCUCGGGGCUCACUCAGGGUGUCUGCAGGUUCCCGGACCGGUUCCUCCGUGCACACGUGUAGAUGUCUCACUCAGGAGCUCAGCUGGCAGAACCCGAGCGGAACCGCGCGCCAAAGAUGUGUGAGAACGGAGCCCACCGGCCCAUCCUGACCCUGGAGUCCAUGAACCCGGCCAUCAAGAAGGUGGAGUACGCAGUGCGGGGCCCCAUCGUCACCCGGGCCCUGGAGCUGGAGAAGGAGCUGCAACAGGGGGUGAAGAAGCCAUUUUCGGAAGUCAUUAAAGCGAACAUCGGAGACGCUCACGCUAUGGGCCAGAAGCCGAUCACAUUUCUCAGACAGGUCAGUGCCCUCUGCCUGUACCCCGAGCUCCUCAAUGACAAUAAGUUCCCGGAGGAUGUAAAGCAGAAGGUGGUGCGGAUCUGCAGGCCUGCGGGGGGCCUUUCCUCAGGGUCUUACAGUGCCAGUCAAGGUAUUGAGAUCGUCCGGCAGGACGUGGCCAAGUACAUCGAGCGGAGAGACGGCGGCAUCACCUCCAACCCCGACAACAUUUACCUCUCCACGGGCGCCAGCGACUCCAUUGUGACGAUGCUGAAGCUGCUGGUUGCAGGGCAGGGCAGCUCCCGGACGGGCGUCCUCAUCCCCAUCCCCCAGUACCCGCUGUACUCGGCCGCCCUGGCAGAGCUGAGCGCGGUGCAGGUGAAUUAUUACCUGGACGAGGAGAACUGCUGGGCGCUGAACAUCAAGGAGCUGCGGAGGGCGCUAGAGGAGGCGCGGAAACACUGCAACCCCAAGGUCCUGUGCAUCAUCAACCCGGGCAACCCAACAGGUCAGGUGCAGAGCAGGAAAUGUAUUGAGGAUGUGAUUCGCUUUGCUGCUGAGGAGAAUCUGUUUGUAAUGGCCGAUGAGGUCUACCAGGACAACGUCUAUGCCAAGGGCUGCGCCUUUCACUCCUUCAAGAAGGUUCUCUUUGAGAUGGGCCCCAAGUACUCGGAUGUGGUGGAGUUGGCUUCAUUUCACUCCACCUCCAAAGGAUUCAUGGGCGAGUGCGGUUUCCGGGGCGGCUACAUGGAGGUGAUCAACAUGGACCCGGCUGUGAAGCAGCAGCUGACGAAACUGGUGUCUGUGCGGCUGUGCCCCCCUGUACCCGGGCAGGCCCUGCUGGACGUCACCGUCAACCCCCCCCAGCCCGGAGAGCCAUCCUACAAACAGUUCAUGGCGGAGAGACAAGCCGUGCUCGGUAAUCUGGCGGAGAAGGCGCGGCUGACGGAGGAGAUCCUGAACCAGGCACCCGGGAUCCAGUGUAAUCCGGUCCAGGGAGCCAUGUACUCCUUCCCCAGGAUCCAGAUCCCUGAGCGAGCACUCAAGCUGGCACAGGCGGAGGGCCAAGCCCCAGACAUGUUCUUCUGUAUGAAGUUACUGGAGGAGACCGGAAUCUGUGUCGUACCGGGAAGCGGCUUCGGCCAACGAGAAGGAACCCACCACUUCAGGAUGACUAUCCUCCCACCCACUGACAAGCUGCGGAGCCUCCUGGAGCGGCUGAAGGAUUUCCACCAGAAGUUUAUGCAGGAAUACUCGUAGGCGAUGACUCCUCUGAAGCCGCCAUGAUGGAAUGGACUAUGAUGCUGUAGACUGGGGGGAGCCAAUAGAUGGAAGCUUAGAUCCCGUCCCUGCACGUGACCGUUAUAUGUGCCAAUACCGUCCGCGUCCUGCGGUCCGGACCCUCCCCAGCACUUUAAGCCAUAACCAUCCGAUACUGGAUUUCUGGUUAUGUUUUUUGGUCCCUAUAUUUCUCAGCCCCCCCCCCCCAAUAUUUUUUAAUAGGUUUUUAGCGCAUGUUCCGAUAGCGUUAUCAGAGGCCGCCGUGUGACACAGGGAUGUUCCGCUACUCGCCUUAACUCGCAGAGUUAAUAUGUGCCUAUGCAAUGCUUCCUGUCAGGAUAUGUGGGCACUCCGGGCUCACACAGGUCUCUAUGAUGAAGCCCCUCAGUGCCCCCUGGAGAUCUGACAUCUAGGGGUGUACCCGCGAGCUGAGAUCAGACCCCUCCCCCCUUAAUCCCGCGCACUUAAGACACAACGUAUAAAAUCACUAGAUUCUGCUAUGCAAAAUGUAUGAUCCUGAGCGGCCGCGGUCCGGGGCACAGUACGAGCUCCGCACACGGUGGAGAGGAUGUGCUUGGUGUCGCCCCCUGCUGUUUCCUGAGAUACAAUAAAGAGAUGCUGCUCACAUGGACAAGGGCUAAAAACGUGUGAAUGUCCAAACCAAUAAAGAUGAGAACAUGGAAGGUC